AUGUCUUCCCAAUCGCAACCCACAGGCCCUUCCACCGACCCUCCACCGAACACUGCUACUCAACCGACAACGUCCUCCACACUGCACGCACACGACGUCGACUCCGACAAUACGUCCGUUGUACUAGCCUUACCAGUUACCCCAGCGAUGGCAGAAGGAGGAGGACCACCCCAACCCAACAGUUUCCUUGACUCUUAUUUUUAUCCAAAUCCCCCGCCCGCCGCUGCCUUGGCGGCCGUGGCGCGCUUGUCGUUGGUGACGGCCUUGGCUGGGGCGACCCAGGCGUCGAUAGAGGCCUUGCCGAAGGUGACUGUGACGGAGGAAACGUCGGCGGAGUGCUGUAUCUGCCUGAAGAAGUUGGAGGUCGGGGAGGAAGCCAAGGAGAUGCCAUGUGACCAUAGGUUUCAUCCGGUUUGCAUUGAUAACUGGCUCGAGAGGCGUCCUUCCUGCCCGCUUUGCCGGUUUUCGAUGCCUACGAGGGCGGAGGCGGCCGCACAAGGGCGAGGACAUCAGACCAACAGGUGGGAUUCGAUUGAAAUGGUUGAUUAG